AUGCUGCUAUCAAGAAGUGGCCUCGUGGCCGCCUCGUCGCUCCUCUGGACGACGCUGGCCAGCGCAGCGACCGUCGAGCACGAUUGGUCCAUCUCGUGGCUGCACGACCACAACCCCGACGGCCUCCUCUCACGAAGCGUCAUCGGCGUCAACGGGCAGUGGCCGCCGCCCAUCCUCAACGUCAAUGCCUCGGACGUGCUGCGCGUCACGGCGCGCAACAACCUCCAGACCGGGGUGGGCGCCUCGCUCCACUCGCAUGGCAUGUUCUUCAACAACACAAAUUACUACGACGGAGCCGUCGGCAUCACCCAGUGUCCCAUCGGGCCGGGGGCCGAGAUGACCUACGAGAUCCUCAACUCGGCCAGGGCCAGUGAGGGGCGCCGGAGGCAAUACGGGACCUUCUGGAUCCACGCGCACAACAACGACCAGUACACCGACGGCCUCAAGGCGCCUCUCAUUAUCCACCCGGACCGGCCCGAGGAGAAGCGGUACUCGUACGACGACGACUACACCGUCAUCCUCUCGGACUGGUACCACCGCAACUACACCGACCUGGUCAAGGACGAGUUCAUGAAUAAGAAGAAUCCGACGGGCGCCGAGCCGGUGCCCAAGUCGGGCCUGAUGUACUUUGCCCACACGUCCAACAAGACGAGCGAGGCCACCUACCUCGAUGGCUUCAACGACAAGGCCACGCUGCCCUUUGAGGCCGGCAAGACGUACCGCCUGCGUGUCAUUAACAUGUCGGCGCUUGCCGCCUUCUACUUCUACCUGGGCGGCCACGACAUGCAGAUCAUCGAGGUCGAAGGCGUCGACGUCGAGCCGUACCCGGUCGACAUGCUGACGCUCUCGGUGGCCCAGCGCUUCUCGGUCCUGGUCAAGGCGCGCAGCGACGCGACGCCCCAGAACUGGAAGAUCCACGCCGACAUGGACGCCGACAUGUUUGACGUCGUGCCCGACGACCUCCAGCUCAACGUCACCUCGACCCUGUCCUACUCUGGCGCCGCGCCGGGCGCGUUUGGAGAGGACAAGGUGCUCGACGAGUACGCCUACUUUGACGACACCCUCCUCGUCCCCGCCGAGGCCGAGUCGAUGGGCGCCCCGGACCUCGAGCACGAGUUCGACGUCGUGUUCGACACGUAUGCCGACGGCGAGAACUACGCAGCGAUGAACAAGAUCUCGUUCGUCUUCCCCAAGACGCCGUCGAUGCUGACGGCCAUGUCGAUGCCGGAGACGGAUCCGGCCAUCAUCUACGGGCCCAACAGCAACGCCGUCGUGCUGCCGCACCUCAGCACGGUUCGCGUGACAAUUGUCAACCAGGAUGCGGGCAAGCACCCGUUCCACCUGCACGGCCACCACUUCCAGGUGGUGCACAAGUCGCAGGACAUUACCUCGGCCGAUCCGGCCAUCAACCCGCCGUUCAACGCGAGCCAGGUCAACCCGAUGCGCCGCGACACGAUCAUGGUGCCCCCCGGCGGCAGCGCGACGCUGCAGUUUGUCGCCGACAACCCGGGCGCGUGGUUCUUCCACUGCCACAUUGACCCGCACCUCGUCUCUGGCCUCGCCUCAGUCUUUAUCGAGGCUCCGGACGUGAUGCAGCAGCGGCUGCAGCUGCCCGGCGGCACGAUUGAGCGGUGCCAGGCCGCCGGACUGCCCACGGGCGGCAACGCGGCGGGCAUCCGCUCCACGACCGACUUUUCGGGCCUCCAGAAGGGACCCAAGGAGCUCGAGACGGGGUGGACGCCGAGGGCCGUGGGCGCGUUUACGGGGUGCAUCAUCACUGCGCUCGUGGGCCUGGCGAGCGUCGUCAUCUACGGGUGGAACGACGAACAGGAAGACGAGGACGAGGACGAUAGGUGA